AAUCGAUGGUUUUUUAACCAACCCGUUGUGACUAACUAAACCAUUUUUUAAAUGAUUUUGAUUCUGAACUACACUUUAAUAAGUAGGUAUUUUACUUUAACGAUGUUAUUGUCGAUUAUUGUUUAUUCUUCCAGGGGCAACGGUCGUUUGACUCGUUUGAGUGUUUGACCCUUCACCGCGGCCAACCCUACGUAAACAACGGACGGCUGGUCGGCGCAAUCGACUGCGAUUGGUUCAUAUUGCGCGCGGUGCGCCUGCGCCUAUUAUCCGCAGUACCACACAUAGAUGCGUAGUGCGAUUUUAUGACGGUGGUUACCAACGUAUUUUUCAAUUUAACCGUCAUUUCCAUAACGUUUUGUCCCGCGACCGGUGCUCCACGUUCGUUGUAAUCCCAAAAACACGUUCAUCCGGAAUUCCCGCCAUAGAUGAUCGCCCGUCGAGUACACGGUAAUCACCUCGUAGGCCGCCCUCACGACUUCUCUUCUUGUUGUAUGGUGAAGUCUUGUCUUUCAAGAGAUUACUAGCCAUAGCAUUGUAGAAAAGCCGCCAAGUUGCACACACGGGCCGUUUACAUUGUCCGUGUACCACGUCCACCACUAUUACUACCGUUGUAUCAAACGGAACCCUUUUUUUUUAUUAAAUUCGCUGAUAUCGGUGCAAUUCUUAUAAUUGCCUAUAUUAUAUUUUCACCGUCCGUAUAAUAUUAUGUCGUACACGUUAUAAUAUAAUUAUUUAUAAAAAUAUUCUUGUUUUAAUUAUAGUCGAUUUUUAUACUACUUUUAAUAGUGACAUCGGUCUCAUCAGUUUUAUAGUAACCUAAUAAUAAUAAGUAAACUUAUUCAUCGUCAACAUGUCGUCCAGACCUAAGGAAGAGGAAGUCAAAAUCCCUGAAUUAAUUUUCGACAACAAGACCAACAAGAAGUACCAAAGAGGCAAUUUUCUUGGAAAGGUAACAUUAUCGGUUUUUAUAAUCGACUACAGUUUACACGACUUGCACAUCUACGCACAUGAUUGAUACGUGUGUAAACAAUUUGUUACAUUAACGGAAUUUCAAAUUGAACGUUUCCAUUCUUUCCCGCCGUCUUGGACACAUUUCGUAUAACAAAGGAUAAAACCAACUAUUAAAGUACCUAUGUUUUGAAUAACGAGUUGUGUAGUUAUUGUUGGUUUUGUUACUUAGAAGUUCGUUAAAUUCUUUUGAAAAUUUAUUAUCUGAAUGUUCGUCUUUACUUAAUUGAUUUUACCUAUGAUGUAACUAAAUAAUAAAUACUUGUUGUUUAUCUACAUUUAUUAAAUAUUUAAUAUUUACUUGAAACUCAUUUAACCAGAUUUUAUUCAAAAAAAAAUUCUACCUUCUGUUCAUUGUCAAUUGAUACACCAUGCACACCUACCUGUUGAAUUUAAAACUCUUAAUGUAGAUAAAUGUUGAGGGGUAUUUUGUUAUUUUCUAGGACUUUACCCAGUUUGUAGUAAUGUUAACACAGAACCAUCAAUGUUGUUGUUAAACGAAAAAAAAAGAAAGGACUACCUAACCCAAUAAUUUGCAAAAAUUUCACUACAUAUUUUAAAUAUUUUACCCACUUCUUAGUUUGCCUUAGAGUUGCCGUAUACUUGAAUGUAUGUGUGAUAUCACUACCAUUCUUUAUAAGACCAAUUAUAACUGUUAGGUUUUGAAAAUGAAUUCCUUUUUAUGUAGUCUACACUCUUAAAAUUAAACAUCUUUGUGACUAUCACCUUUUUUUUCUUUGUGGCACCUUGAUGCUAACAUACAUUUUUAUUUUCUCAUCUGUUAUUAGAAAAAAUGUCUAGGUAAGCAUACCUACAUCUUAUAUACCUACCUACCUACUAAAAUAUAUCUACUGUUCCAUUUAUUUGAAUGGGUUCAAAUUAAUCCUAAAUGUGAGUUAUAACAUUUUGAAAUUUGUUUAUUCCUAUCAUACACCUGUAUAUGUAACCUUAUUCCUAUUUCCUAAUAAGUAAUUGUGUAGUGGUAACAUUAAACAAACUAUUGUCAUUCAGAAAAUCCAAGAAAGGGAGUUAGUUUUUUGCAUGUUUAAAGUUAAUUUAUAAACCUCCAAUUCAUUAAUUUCUGCAUUAUAUUUUCACUGUAAGUUGCAUUUUUUGUAACAAGAAUAAUUCAUAAUUUAUAUUUUACAAAUAACUGAAUUCUGUUUCUGAUUCUGCAGCAAAAUAAUGUAAAGUGACAAUAUUUUCAGAGCAAUCGUUCUAGACUAUUAUAAACAAAAAAACCACGCCGAUUAGGGAUCAAGGAAAAUAAAUACAUUUUACAUUGAAAAUGAGUUUUAAUAGUUAUUUUUAUUUUAUGGGGUGCCCAUCAAAACAUCUAACACAUUAAACAAAAGUUUAAAAAAAAAUUGAAACCAAUACAUUCAUACAUUCCUUACGUCAUUAAGAAUCUAAAACUUUUGGUACACGGAGGAUUCAAAUAAGGAAUCUCUGAAAUGAAAACAGUUACACAUCACUACUUGGCUAUAACUAUCAAUUUCUGAAACUUGCAAUAUUGUGUUAUUUAAAUGCACAUAAUAUCCACAAUUUAUAAGGAGUCAAAUUGUUAUAAUUCAAAAACUAAAUUUGACUACACAAUUUUGAUUGCACUGUUGUUUUCAGCAUCAGCAAAAGUACAUUUGUUUAAUUCUCUGAAGAAAAAAGAGUGGGAGCUAACCUAGAUGUAUGCCUUAUUUUUUCAAAGUUACUUAUUUCUUCAUUAUUUUUACCUAUGGUUUUUAAACUCUAAUUGUAAACCUAAAGGCCACAAUUAGCGUUCUAGGAAUUUUUGAGCUAUGUUUGCGAGUUAAUUUAAGACACAAAUAUUAUUGUUAUUUUUGUUGAUUUAUUACAGGGUGGUUUUGCGAAAUGCUAUGAAAUUGUGGAUAUGAAAACAAAAGAAAUAUUUGCUGGAAAAAUUGUAUCCAAAAGAUAUCUUUUGAAACAUAAUCAAAAGGAUAAAAUGACUCAAGAAAUACAUAUUCACAAGAUGUUGAAACACAAAAACAUUGUUACAUUUCAUAGUUUUUUUGAGGAUAAUGACUUUGUUUACAUUGUUUUGGAACUUUGCAGAAAAAGAUCUAUGAUGGAGCUUCAUAAGUAAGUAUUAAUAAAUUUAUCUAAAUCGUAUAAGUCUAAUUACAAAGUAAACAUUAUAAUUACCUACCAAUUUAGUAAAUUAAAUAGAUUAUUGUAAAUAUUGAUUUAAAUUUUAAAAUAAUAAUUUAGUCUGGAAAUUUACAGGAUAUAGAUUUAAAAAUCAGUUUUGGGAAACACCAAAUCAAAGCUAUGAUCAGAAAAUUAAUACAAAUUUAAUUUAUACACCGUGCCACGAUAAAACGCACACAGCUUUGCGCUUUCAAACAAUAACAUUUCUCCCACCGUCAAGUCUGUUAAUUAUGUUUUGUAGUAGGUAUGCGCGAAAAUAUACAAGUUUUGAUUUGCUGCUGUAUGUGUUCCUUGUGGCAUGGGCUAUACAUUGUUUUGAUUGAAAGUGAACUAGUUUCCAUUAAGUUUCUGAAGUAGCAACAUAUUUUUACCGAAAAAUGUUUAUAUUGCUCUAAUGAUGUAUCAAGUUUGAUACUCACUACUUUACAUUAUUUAUUAAAUUUUAUAACAAGUCUUAAACAUUAUAAAUAUUUUGUAUUUUGUUUUCAUUUAAGUUUUAUUAGAUUUGAUAAUUCUCAAAUUUAGUGUUUAAUAAACUAUGUUUUUUUUUAUUAAAUGCUAAAAAUGGCAAACAAAUUUUUCAUCAAAAGCAACAAAAUAAAAUUCAAGUAUAAUAUAUUAAUUUGUUUAAACUAUGCUACAAUCAAAUAUAUAAUUGUCUUAUUCUAAAUAAAUUUUAAAUCGUAGAAGUUAUUUACCUCCCGCUAAAAUUUCUAUGUCAAUUGUUCAAAUUAUUAUUUAGAAUUAUUAUUUUUAUAUUUAACGAUAAUCCUGAAUCCUUACAGAAUCAUUGGUUUUACAAUAUUCUUUUUUUCUUUUUAUCUUUGAACAUUACCAACUAGAAUUUUUGCUCUGAUUUUCAAGUAUAGCAUUGUUUCUAAAAGGAUAUCUUGACUGUUGUGGUACAUUAAAAAGGUUUUUUUUUUAUUUUCCCAAAGAUUUUCCUAAUAAAUGAGAAACAAUUGAUACAUUUAUGAAAUGUAAUAAUAAAUAUUAAGGCCUUUCAAAGAAUAUACAAAUGAACUCUGCUCAGAAUCGUUUUUUCAUUGGUAAUGAUUAAUCUUUGUGUACAGAUUUACAUUAAAUUUUUUCAUUAGGUUUCUAACUUCUCAUCUACAACAUUGGGCCUACCCAUUGUGUGAAGCAUGUCUGUUUGUUUUUAGAUUUAUAACCAUAUUUUUGCUUUAUAUGAAAAAAAACUACUCUUAGUAUUGAAGUAAUGAAAAAUUAUUAUUUUAUAUCAAACUUGUUAAAUGCUAAUGAUUAUAAACUUGAAAACAAUAUUUAGAGCUUAGAUAAUUAUUUUGAUAUUUGUAUUUAUUUGUUAAAUUACUUUACAGACUUAUUUAUAAAAUAAUAUGUUAUAACUUAUUUCAAGUUAAUUUGUCUAUGCAAUUUUGUGAUAUAGGUCAAAUCUACUAAGGAGUUAUUGUCAUGCAAUCUUUAGUGUAUAAUUUGUCAUUCAGUAUCAUGUUCUCUAAGUUAAACACAAUAUUGAUUUUUUUACUAGAAUGUUGUUGACAAAAUAGUUGGAAAGUUAAAAUGAAAAAUAUGCCUAAAUAUAGAAAUAAUUAUUUUUAAUUAUGUCUUAGUGAUAUUUAUAUAAAAUUUAUAACUAUUAAUAUCUAGUUAUAUUCGUAUUGGGUGUUUGAUACUUCUGCAAUUAUUUAAUAAUAGUAAAUACAAUGAUAUCAAACAUUUUAAAAUUAAUAUUUAAAUCUAGCAUAAUGUGUUAUUAUUUUAUAUAUUAAAUAUAAUAUAUACCAUAUUUAUUUCUAAUAAUUAAUUGAAAUUAAUAUUUUGAGUGAAGUCACUAGAUAGAAUACAUAAAGAAAUAACCAGAGAAAUAAUUAAAUGAGUUUAUGAGGUGUGGUAUAGAUGUUUUGAUAUUUUUGAUAAGACUAAAAAGAUUAAAAGUAUGAUGAAAAGACAUUACUAAUUACUCUGAAGCAUUAACAGUAGCUUAACAAAUGAUGUGGUUAUAAUGAGGUGUUAAUGAGAUAGUUAAAUACAAUUGAUGAUAUAGAUUACCAGUCAAAUAGAAUUGAGAAACAUGUGAGGAAGAAGAUCUUAAUACACUUUUUAUUCAUAUGAUAUAUAUAUAUAUAUAUAUAUGCAUGUUUAUAAUAAAUAUUAUUAUGUUAUGAAUGUAAUAAUAUUUUUUUUAAAGUAACAAUUUUAAGUAAAUUUAAUAUUUUGGGAACUUGCUACAAGUAUGGGCAAUAUUUUUGGCUAUUUGUAAUGUGUGCCUAACUUAUUUCAAUAUUUUGUAAUUAAUUUUUUUAAACUUGCGUAAAUAUUAUAUACAAAGUAGAUUAUAUUAUGUUACGAUUUAUGUUUAAAAUUAGAUGUCAAUAUUUUAUUUAGUAAUACUAUAGACAUAAUUAGUGAGAGGGGGGGUGCUAGGAAGUGUUGCAUCUCUAAAAAAACACAAAAAGCUUUUUCAUAGUAAUAACUGAGUAUUUUUUCUGUGUAUUUCAUAUUUAAUAAGCAGAACAAAAUACAGAUUUCCCAUAGAUUGCAUGUGUGUAUGAAAAAUAACAUUAAAAUAGUUGGAUAAAUUUAUGUGCCCCAAAUAAUAAAUGUAAUGUGUAGUUGAUUUAUUAUAAGAGUCGUGUAAAGGGGAUUGUGGGGCAUGGCUCCAUUGGUCUUUGAUGUUUUAGUAUACAUAAUUUUAGCAUCCUCAAAAUCAGUGGUCUAGUCUAAUUUAUGUUGUUAGUUUUUAUAUUAGAUUGAAUUGAACUAUUAUCAAACUUAAAGGUAAAAAAUAUAUUGUUUGUGAUAUUUUAAUUCUGAAGCAAGAAAAUCAUUUUUAAAUUAUAAUAUUUCAUAUAGUUAUAUUUAGCUUAAAAAUUAAACUAUUAGGGGAAAACCAAGGUACAAAGGCUUAAAAAUUUAAGUUUUGUAAUAGGCUAAUACACUCUAAUAUUAAUACUAACAGCACCAAAUUAAAUUAGUCUAUUUAAUUUCUAAUUUUAGAUUCUGAAUGAAGCGAGAAUGUAUUGGUUUUACAAUAAUGUUUAUUUAUUUUAUAUUCGCACAACUUUUCUACCAGCAAUAUUGCUCCGAUUUAUAAUGAUGGCACUUUUUCUGAAAGGAAAUCUGACAGGGGUGGUCACACCCAAUAAUAAAUUAGCUCUUCAGUACAAUAGCGAAUUAACCCCACAAUAUUAAUAUUAAGAUAUUGGAGAAAUAUCCUAUAUAAUAUAUAUUUCUUUCUUUUCUGCUCUUAAAAAUAUUCGUAGACUUUACAAUGUAAUAACUGUUGUUUGAGGUAUUAGUGAAUAUUUUCUAAAGAUGGUUUAGUUCGUUUAUGAUCUGAAUUUCAUAGUAUAUUUAAAGUCAUUAUUACACUGAGAGCUUCAAAUAACAAAGCAAUAAAUCUAGUAUUACAUUUUUAGUUGAGAAAAAUUAGUAGUUGUUUGAAAAUGUAUUGGUGCAUUAGAUAAAAAUAUGUUAAUUUAAUAGAUUUUAUAUUAAUAAACUGUAUGAUGAUUAAUUUUUAUUAUUUUUUAUGAAUUUUUUAGGAGAAGGAAAACUCUUACAGAACCUGAAACUCGUUACUAUGUGUAUCAAAUUCUUGAAGGCACAUUAUAUUUACACCAACAAGGCAUUAUUCAUCGUGAUUUAAAGUUGGGAAAUCUUUUUUUAAAUGAUGAAAUGGAAGUAAAAAUAGGAGAUUUAGGUUUAGCUGCUAGAAUUGAAUAUGAUGGACAACGCAAAAAGUAUUAACUGUCCUACUAUAAUUUAUAAUACUCGGUGUGAUUAAUAAAAAAAACUUUAUUAUUUUUAGAACUUUAUGUGGUACUCCAAAUUAUAUUGCUCCAGAAAUUCUUAGCAAAACUGGUCAUAGUUUUGAAGUGGAUGUGUGGUCUAUUGGUUGUAUCAUGUAUGUAAUCUAAUAUAAAUUAUUUAAAUACUGAUUUAUUUUUAAUUUUGCAUUUUAUUUAAGGUAUACACUAUUAGUUGGUAAACCACCCUUCGAAACUAAUUCUUUGAAGGAAACAUACGCUCGAAUAACAAGAUGUGAUUAUAAUUUACCUACCAGUUUAAAUAAAAAUGCUAGUGUUCUUAUUAAUAAAAUGCUUCAAUAUGAUCCUAAAAAUCGCCCCAAUGUUUCUGACAUUAUGAAGUCCGAUUUUUUUGUUACUGGUUAUAUGCCUAAAAAAUUGCCUCCGUCUUGUCUCACCAUGGCUCCACGAUUUGAUUCUAUUAAUUACAGAGAAUCUAUUUCUAAUCGUAGACCACUUAAUGGUAAAUAUUUAAUCGGUAAACAUUUAUAUAUUGUAGAUUUAAAAAUAUUGUCAGUUUUAUACUAAAAUAAUAAUUUAUGAUUUUCAGAACUGAACAGUCCCAAAGCGGUUGCUAUUAAAGUUGCUGUUAAACCUCAAGAUCCAGUAAAUAGAUUACCAAUUUUCAACAUGGCAAACAAACCUCCUGCUGGAAAUGGGGUAUCUGCUAAUGAUUGUAGAGAAUACAUGAUAUCUCUUGAAAAAGAGUUGGGAAAUUUAUUGAAGUGUAAACCACCCAUGAAAGGAAUGAAAAAUAUGGGUAUGAUUUAAAACUAAAAUAAUAAAUAUUUUUUGAUAUAGUAAACAUAAUUUUUAAUUUUAGAGGAAAACACUGAUCCUGCUGCACAACCUCUUAUUUGGGUCAGUAAAUGGGUUGAUUAUUCUGAUAAGUAUGGAUUUGGUUAUGAAUUAUCUGAUGAUUGUGUUGGUGUGAUGUUCAAUGAUUUUACUAGAAUUGUAUUAUUAGCUAAUUUUAAGUAAGAUUUCUUAAUAUUAAUUUUUUGAUGGUUAUGGUAUAAUUGUUUAUUAAAAUAAUAAAAUAUUUUAGAGAUGUACAUUACAUAGAAAGAAGUGGUUCCGAACAAUAUUAUACUCAUGAUCAUACCCCACCAUCAUUGGAGAAGAAAAUGAAGUUAUUGAAUUACUUCAGACGUUAUAUGAAUGAUCAUCUAAUAAAAGCUGGAGCUGAUAUAUUAGCUAAAGAUGCAGACCAGUUAAGUCGUACACCUUACAUGUACCAAUGGUAUCGAUCUACUACAUCGGUUAUCAUGCAACUUACUAACGGCACUUUACAAGUAUGUUAUAAAUUUAUACAAAUUUAAUAUAUAAAAUAUUACCAUUUUAAAUAUUUUGCCUUUUUUUAGAUAAACUUUACAGAUCAUACAAAAGUUAUAUUAUGCCCGUUAAUGAAUGCUGUGACCUUUAUUGAACACAAUGUUUUUCGUACAUACCGUUUUAAUACAAUUGCUGAACAUGGCUGUACUCCAGAAUUAGCUAAGUGCUUAGAAUAUGCAUACAAGAAAAUCGGUUCCAUUUUGAAGGAUAACCCAUUGUAAAAAUGUAUUUGAUAUUUGACGAGUAUACAUUAUUUAUACUUAUUAUUAUUAGUUAGUAAAUAACUAAUAUGUUAAGGCAUAAUAUUUGAAAUUGUAAAUAUUUCCCUUAAUUAUAUAUUAUUAUUAUUAUUAUUAUUAUUAUUUUUUUUUUUUUUUUUUAAUAAUAAACUGUAAAUUUAAUUCUUUUUUUUUUAUUUUAAAUAAAUACUUUAUUAAAAGAUAUAUACAAUAUGGUAAAGUUAAAACCAAAUAUGAGUUAAACAUUAACUUAACUUUUUUCACGUNCUUUUAAUAAAGUAUUUAUUUAAAAUAAAAAAAAAAGAAUUAAAUUUACAGUUUAUUAUUAAAAAAAAAAAAAAAAAAAAAAAAAAACUAUUUUAUUCACAAACUAAAUAAAUACUAGGCGACUAAUUAAUACCUGUGUCCACAGUUUACCUAUUUUCCACAUUUCCAUGUGUUCCCUUUUGUAUUAACCAACAACUGAGUGUUAGAAAACUAUUGCCUGAACCUAGUAUUUUUGUUUUCUGGAUAGUGUAUAGUUGUAUUUAAUUGACUUUAUUUUGAAAAUAUUAUAAUUGUGUAAAAUUUAAAGUUAUUUUAAAUAUCGUGUUAUUCUAAAAGAAACACAAUACAAUUCUUCCUUAUAUUUAUACCUAGUUAAUAAACAUAUUUAAGAUUAUUGUUUUGUUUAUUUUAAUAAAUCCAUUAGUAAUAUGAUAAUUUUAUGUUAAUAAGUUUAUUUUAUUUAAUAUCUAUACAAAAAAAAUAUAUAUUAAAAUAUUUUGUUAGAAUUGUAUUUAGGUAUAGUAAAUACUUUAUUCCAUUAAUGGUAAUUGUAACUUAUUUAAAAAUGAAAACCG